AUGUCCCAGGCUGCCCGCAAAUGCCGGUGCUGGCCGCAAAUGUCGGCUGCCCGCAAAGUGGCUGCCCGCAAAAAAUUUGCCCGCAAACUGGUUGCCCGCAAAGUGGUUGCCCGCAAGUGUGCGCCCGCCGAGGAAAUGCAUGCCCUAUAUUAUGAUAGCGACACCACUGACUAUUGUGAGUUGGGCAUAUAUCACAUUUCAGUUUUUGUAAAUUUUAGUUCAAGCUGUUCCAAAAUUUGCAAAAAUAAAUUCAAUUUUCCUAACGUUUCACCUAAAAAGUUCGGUCGUUUCUGCAAAGCGCAAGCUCUUUCUUAGAGGAAAAGAUUUUUAGCGGCUUGUUGUAGAAAAAACCGGGACUUUUUAGGGCAACGAUCAACACACUGUGUGAAAUUUUUCUGCGAGCGUUUCCUUAAGGAAACAAUUUUUUCUUUCUCAAUUGGAGGAGCUAUAGCCAAAGGCUAUAUAUUAUCUCUCAGACUGGUCUCCGCACUUUCGCUGUAUCUGCAAAAAAUAAAGGUAAAAUUCCCAAAAAUUAGUGUAAAGUCCAUCUCAUUCCAACCUCAUAUGCAUAUAAACCCUUCGGAUUAAAAUUACAUUAUCAAAUCUGCUCUGACACCGUGUUCAUCGGAUUUAGUGUGAAGCGAAAAGGGCGUUUUGAGGACUUACAGAAUAUCUGUAAUUUUAAAGCCCUCGAAUAUUUGUAUUCUGUACGGGUCCAACAGAAAAUGCAUGUAGUCACAAACUGCUGCCGAAACUACAAAAUGGCGUCAGGACACAACUGGAUAGUUAUAUAUUUCCAAGAAUGAGGGAAUGUCAAAUGGGCAGAGAGAAAUUUCAGUAUAAACAAAAUACAUAUAUACUAUAACCGUGGCUAUGCCAUAUAAUAAAAAUUAAUAUUCAAAAAUAAAAAAUUAGAAAAGAUGACAAAAAAACUCUUUUUCAUCGAAGAUUUGUGAAUUUUGCACCAAAAAAGUUAACUUCCCGUGCCAACAUCAAAUCUCAACUGAAUUACAAUUUGUCAGCAAAAAAAUCGUGAAAAAUCAGCGACUUCUGGCCGCCCUACAACGUCAAAAAUGCGGUAAUUUCCUUAAAUUGCAAGCCAAAAUACAACUGAUAAUCCCAGACAAUUCCAAUUUAUUCGUCCUAAAUUUCACAAAAAUCCAACCGUCGCACUUUGAGCGUUUUCUAUAAAAAGCAAAUUUAUUCCAGCAUCUCAGGAAAAACAGCCCCGCCACCUCGCACAAAACCGUCCCAAUAUAAUCUGUCCAGCACCUGUAUACCGCCCAAUUCUUUUCUGGGACAGAGACUAAUCGAAGCCGGCUGGCUCUUUUCAAGAAUGCCCCCAUUUUUCGGGCUCGCGGAGAAAACCAUAGAUCCGUCCUCGUUCCCUUCCCCCCUUUUUGUUUGUCUCGCUUUUUACUUUCUACUUUUUCGUACUCGCAUUUUUCGGAGACCUUUUAUGGAGUGUAAUCCGAGUCGUGGACCCUGAGUAAAUUUAGAAUUUAAUUAAGCGAGAUUGAAGAGGACUGAAGAGGGUAUUUUUGGGUGUUCCUGCGCAUGUUAUGAGAGUAAGCAACUGCCGAAACUUUCGAAAGAUUUUCAGGAAUGUUAAAAAUAAAUAAGAAGUAAACAAUAUGUUUAUCAAGGUUGGUGAUCAGAAAAUUGAUGAUCAAAGAUGAUCGAAGGACAAAGAGUUUUCUACAUAUUUAUUACGUGGGAAACUGAUCUUGGCCCACAUCAACCACAAACAGAAUGCCAAGAUUUUUGGCAUUCGGUUUUUUAAGAGGCUCAAGUGUUGUAGCGCGUUGUGCAAUGGGUAAUAAACAAAAUAACGUUAACCUGCGAUUAGAAUAUGGCCAAAGACCCAUAAUUUUUCAUUUUAUAGAUUUUUGGCGCUUUCCGGCCACCGAGCUGGCGGCAAGACAACGGAGAAAAUCGAAUUUUUGAGAAUUUUGUUCGCUCACAAAUUUUUGGCAAAAACGUUCGAAGACACAUGCGAUAAUUUUUGUUGGCAUCUUGGGGUUUUGACGUCUUUCUCGUAAAUUUCUCUUACUCUCUCCGCCUGUACACCGAGCUUUUUUUCAACUCUGAUGAACGCAAAACGCCUUCUGAGUUCCCGCAUUCUUCAUCUAUCUAGGCCAGUUAUGAAUCAGCGAAAUUUUGACCCACGCUUUGCAGGCCAAGCCCAAAUUUUGCCGACGUUUUUAAAAGUGAGAGACUACGGAAAACGGGGAGAGGGAAAAAAUUAUACACCACUGAACAAAAUGAUAUGCCCACCAUAAUUUCCGCCGGCACUCUGUCCUCAUUGAAUGAAUUGUUUUAGUCUUUUGGUGAAAAUGAUUACGAUGCAAAGUAGCAUCUGCAGAAAAAGUAUCAAAUGGUUUCAAAACGUCCAAGUUCAGAAAAAUUUGAAAAACAUGAAGGGUCAAAAAUCGGCUAGACAAAAUGAUGAACCCACUUGUUUAGUUUGAUCUUUCUCUGGCAAACACAAAUUAACAAACCAUUCAAGGAAUGAGUGGGUCCUCAGCUCAUUACUAAGACUGGCCGAGACACUGCCGAAAAAACGUUUUUGCUGAGUUUAUCAAAAAAUUGUAAAACGCGCAUUUCAAGCCCAUGUCAUAUUAUAUAUGUACAGAAAAACAUUUCAAACAAAGCCAUUGUCUCUAUCAAGACACUGAUAUAAGCUGAUAUAAGUCCCAAAUCAGUACACAAUUUGAAUCUUUCCAAAAACAAGGGGCUUUUAGACGACGUGAUUCUAAGCCCCAUGAGCUUCCAAGACGACGUCGAACCUGUGAAGCGAUAACGAAUAAAAAAGUAAACCUUGGGAACUAACCGACAAAACAAUGAAUUUUUUGGUCGCUUAUCAUCGUACUGUACUUUAGUCGACCUGAACUUGCGAGGUUAUACAAAUAAAAAUAGGGAAGGAAAUCAAACUCGAGUUGGGGGAAGGGCCGCUCUUUGGAUUUUCCGGGGAAAACGGACCAGUCUACGCAUCUUCAAAAACGAGCCGGCUUUUUUCUUUCCUUUUUUCUCAUUUCCCUUCCGGAAUUCUUUGUUGAAAACAAAUUUUAGGGAUAGGAAAUUUAUAUUUUUUGUGUGUAAUAAUGGCCACUAAAUAGGCAAAAAUUAUAGGAAAUUGGCUUUUAUUUAUUACAUUAUACCUUUUGGCUAAAGAAAUUUACGUUUUUAGUGCUAAAAUUUGAUUGACUAUAGCUUCUAACUUGCAAAAUUCUCCCUCAAGACGAUAGAUUUUCUUUUUUUCAAUUUUAAAAAUUUUCAGAAAUGCCUGAGAAGCCUUCAGAAUCCCCUGGUCAAUCUACCGUAAGCAUUUCUGAGCCCAAAAACGCAGAAAAACAGCAAGUAAUAUCCGGCGGAGCAGGGAAAUCCACGAUGGAUCCACUGAGUUUGCUCGAAGAACGAGUAGGUUGUUUGUUGUUUACUUAGUAAACGAUACGAACAAUAGGAGGUUCGAAUCUAUUAUGAAUUUUAGAACGCCCAGGCGGAUGUGUUCAUCGCUUGCACGCAAUGGGUGUAG